AACCAGGUACGGGCUAAUACUCAACAAUACUGAUGCCUUGUUUUUUUUGCUCUGUCCGGACCGCAACGCUGUAGCCAAUUUAGAUAUGCUAUAAAUUUAAGAGGUUGCCAUGGCCACCGCGCGCCCAUUGGCCGCCGGGCCCCCUACGUGCCGCGCCACGUCACCAAAUCUGAAUAAGGAUGCGCGAAUUAGGCGGCGGCCAGACAAAGAUGAGGAUCGGGACCGCUUGAAAGUGGGGGAAAGUGCCGGCGCCUCCGCCACCGGGGAGAGCCGCUCCGCAGCGCCGAGGCCGGCGGCCACCCGAGACCCCUGGGGGAGCCCGGAGCGAGCGCUGGGGCGCGCGGUCCCGGGCAUGAGGCUGUGAACGCCGCCACCCCAGCACCCCGCCCCGGGCACCCCGCGCCAGGCCCGCGAUCGCCCGAGGACUUGACCGGCUGGGUCUGGGUGCGCGCCGGACUCGCCCGGCGGCGGCCGAGACGCGAGGCGGGGCGCGGCGGCGCGGCCCGGGGGCCCGAGGGCCGGGGGCCCGAAGGGAGGGCCGGGCGGCCGGAGCCGCCGGGACGCGGGGCUAUGAUGGUGCACUGUGCCGGCUGCGAGCGGCCCAUCCUCGACCGCUUCCUGCUGAACGUGCUGGACCGCGCGUGGCACAUCAAAUGCGUGCAGUGCUGCGAGUGCAAGACCAACCUCUCGGAGAAGUGCUUCUCGCGCGAGGGCAAGCUCUACUGCAAGAAUGACUUCUUCAGGCGCUUUGGCACGAAGUGCGCGGGCUGUGCACAGGGCAUCUCGCCCAGCGACCUGGUGCGCAAGGCCCGCAGUAAAGUCUUCCAUCUCAACUGCUUCACCUGCAUGGUGUGCAACAAGCAGCUGUCCACGGGCGAGGAGCUCUACGUCAUUGACGAGAACAAGUUCGUGUGCAAGGACGACUACCUGAGCUCGUCCAGCCUCAAGGAAGGGAGCCUCAACUCAGUGUCCUCCUGCACCGACCGCAGUUUGUCCCCGGACCUCCAGGACCCGCUCCAGGACGACCCCAAGGAGACGGACAACUCGACGUCGUCGGACAAGGAGACGGCCAACAACGAGAAUGAGGAGCAGAACUCGGGCACCAAGCGGCGCGGGCCGCGCACCACCAUCAAGGCCAAGCAGCUGGAGACGCUCAAGGCCGCCUUCGCCGCCACGCCCAAGCCCACGCGCCACAUCCGCGAGCAGCUGGCGCAAGAGACCGGCCUCAACAUGCGCGUCAUCCAGGUGUGGUUCCAGAACCGACGGUCCAAAGAGCGCCGGAUGAAGCAGCUGAGCGCGCUGGGCGCCCGGAGACACGCCUUCUUCCGGAGUCCACGGCGCAUGCGUCCGCUGGGCGGCCGCUUGGACGAGUCCGAGAUGCUGGGGUCCACCCCGUACACCUACUACGGAGACUACCAGGGCGACUACUACGCGCCGGGAGGGAACUACGACUUCUUCGCGCACGGCCCGCCGUCGCAGGCGCAGUCCCCCGCCGACUCGAGCUUCCUGGCGGCGUCCGGGCCCGGCUCGACGCCGCUGGGCGCGCUGGAGCCGCCGCUCGCCGGCCCGCACGCCGCCGACAACCCGCGCUUCACCGACAUGAUCUCGCACCCAGACACGCCGAGCCCCGAGCCGGGCCUGCCCGGCGCGCUGCACCCCCUGCCCGGAGAGGUGUUCAGCGGCGGACCCAGCCCGCCCUUCCCCAUGGGCGGCUCCAGCGGCUACAGCGGACCCCUGGCGCACCCCAACCCCGAGCUCAACGAGGCCGCCGUGUGGUAAGGCCCCGGCCCGGCCGCCUCCUGGACGCAGCCUCCCGAAACCAAAACGCCCGAGGUGGACGCGGCCCGGGGCUCCCUCAGGGGUUCCCUCUCGGGUCCGCACUCAACCGGCGGCGGCUCCUCGGCUGGGCACGGAGGGGGCCCGCGCGCCACCUCCACCCGCAGGCUCUGCAGACGCCCAGCCCGCGGCCCGCGCUCUCCCGGCCGCCGCGAGCAAUUUAUUGGGACCAAAGUCAAUCCUCCGAGGGUCAAGCAAUUUCGAGCCCGC